CCCCGCGCGCUGUCAGAGCAGAGAGGAGAGCAGACCGGAGGGAGGCAGGCAGAGCGAGCGGAGCACACACCCAGUCAUCUAUCCAUCCUCGUUCAGCACUCCAGACCCGACAGAGAAUCCCACUCUGAGGCUGCUGACCCUCCUGGUCCCACUGACUGCAUCUGUUUGGCUUAAAAUAAGGCUUUUUUUUUAAAAGGUGGCGCGAGGCAGGAUGCGUGAUGGGACAAGCGUGCGGUCACGCGCUUCUCUGCCGUAGCCAACCGCCGUCCUCUGAGAUACGUGGUCAGCAAGUGUUCCUGCGUCCCGAGGAGAGUUCAGCCCCAGCUGUGAGUGCCAGACCGUCCACCACGUUGUCCGAACAGCUCCAGGAUGCUUUGUUGCAGCUGGCGACGGUUGUUGAUGUGCGCUCGCUGCGAGUGGCCCUGCGAGACAGCAUACAGGAACUGCUUCCCAGCACGGAGUGUAUAAGCAUCUACACGUUGGAGGGAGACUCGAGGCUGCUGUCUUACGACCCGCUGCAUGAACUGCCACCGGAGGGGAAGAUCAGGAGUAUUGCGGAGCAGCUAAAGCGAUGCGAGUGCGCUGGCCUUCCUCCAUCUGAACUGCCGGAGAAAUACAGAAUCUGCCUUGCAGCACCACUACCGGCACACAGAAGAGCUCUUGUAAUUCCUAUCUCGGAUCAUGAUCAGAAGAAGGUCCUCGCUGUCGUAUUGGUCGCCUGUGCCCCACUAUCAGAUAAUGAUGAACUACAUCUGAAUGUUCUGGAGAAACAUGCCUCUGUGGCGUGCAUACGCUUCCAGACUAUACAGGCAUCCUAUCAGAGGCCUCCUCCUCUCAGUCCGUCUCCACUGCAAUCCCACAAUGCUCUGCUGCACCUCAAUGUCUCAGAGCAGGACUACUGUGAGCUGGACCGCAACAUUCUUCAGCUCUGCGGUGAGCUCUACGACCUUGAUGCGGCUUCUCUCCAGCUCAAAGUCAUCAAUUAUCUGCAGACACAAACCAAAUCACAGUGUUGUUGUUUGCUGCUGGUGUCGGAGGACAACCACCAGCUUUUCUGCCAGGUUGUUGGAGACAAAGUCCUGGAAGAGGAGAUCAGCUUUCCGCUGAUGUUUGGACGCUUUGGUCAGGUUGUUGAGAAGAAAAAGUCAAUAUCUCUUCAGGACAUCAGUGCUGAGGAGCGGCGGCAGCUGUCCAGCAUGUUGGGCUGCGAGAUCUCCUCCAUGCUCUGUGUCCCUGUGGUCAGCAGGGCCACCGGUCACGUGGUGGCCCUCGCAUGCUCCUUCAACAAGCAGGGAGGGCAGAGACACACAGAGAUUGAUGAGCACACAAUCCAGCACUGUUUCUGCUACACUUCAACAGUCCUCACGUCCACUUUGGCCUUUCAGAAAGAACAGAAGCUAAAAGUGGAAUGCCAGGCGCUCCUACAAGUGGCCAAGAAUCUCUUCACACACUUGGAUGAUGUGUCAGUGCUGUUACAGGAAAUUAUAGUGGAGGCCAGGAACCUCAGUGGUGCAGAGAUUUGUUCUGUGUUCCUGCUGGAUCGACUGAGCCAUGAGUUAGUGGCGAAGGUGUUUGAUGGUGGUGUGGUUAGUGAAGAAGAGAAUGAGUUUCGUAUCCCAGCUGACCAGGGUAUCGCAGGCCACGUGGCGACCACGGGUCAGAUUCUGAACAUUAAGGAUGCCUAUUCCCAUCCUCUCUUCUACCGUGGUGUUGAUGACAGCACCGGCUUCAAAACACGCAACAUCCUCUGCUUCCCCAUCAAAGAUGAAAACAACGAGGUGAUCGGUGUGGCCGAAUUGGUGAACAAAAUGAACGGGCCGUGGUUCAACCGCUUUGAUGAGGAUCUGGCCACAGCUUUCUCCAUCUACUGUGGUAUCAGCAUCGCCCACUCUCUGCUUUACAAGAGAGUGGACGAGGCUCAGUUCAGGUCCCACCUGGCCAACGAGAUGAUGAUGUACCACAUGAAGGUUUCGGAGGAAGAGGUGUCUAAGUUGCUGGUGACAGGCAUCGAACCGGUGAAGGAGAUUCACCCGUGCUACGCUGAGUUCACGUACACUCCACGCUCCCUUCCUGAUGACACCACUCCUCUGUGUGUACUCAGCAUGUUUGAGGACAUGGGAUUCAUCAACACAUACAAGAUCGACCUGCAGACUCUCGCCAGGUUCUGUUUAAUGGUGAAGAAAGGCUACAGAGACCCUCCCUACCACAACUGGAUGCACGCCUUCUCUGUCUCACAUUUCUGCUACCUGCUCUACAAGAAUCUAGGGCUCUCCAACUACCUCGAGGAUAUAGAGAUUUUAGCUCUAUUUGUUUCCUGUAUGUGCCACGACCUAGACCAUCGUGGCACCAACAAUUCUUUCCAAGUGGCCUCGCAAUCAGUCCUGGCUGCUCUCUACAGCUCAGAGGGAUCUGUGAUGGAGAGACACCACUUUGCCCAAGCAAUCGCUAUUCUGAAUACUCAAGGCUGCAACAUCUUCGAGAAAUUCUCCAGAAAGGACUA